AUGGCUCUGGUAUCGUGGAAACUGUAAUUUUGAUUUUCUUUUGUUUUUUAUGGUAAUAAUUAUUCUCUUCUUUUCUUCUUGAAGAGAUUUGGUUAAAUCUGUAUUCUAUGCUAUUUACUUCUUUUUUUUUUUUAUUGAAAUAUGAAUUUCGUUUGACUGUCUUGUAUGUUUCGUUACAGUUAAUUGUGAUAAAUGAAUUUGUAAUUGAAGAGAAGACAUAACGAAGACGUUACUGUUGUGGAACUUUUACGCAAGGAUGCGUGUAUUUUAUCUUAGUAAUUGGAUAAGUGAGAUCCAUAAGAAGAUGGCUCUGAUUGGCCAGGGUGAUCAAGUUAAACGGCACGUGGACAGUAAUGCUGUUCCCUCCACCACGGAAUAUCCUCUCGUCGAGCCUGAUCCUUCCUCCGGUUCUCCAGAUUUCAACGGAUAUCACAUCGUAUCACGGCAUUUUCAUCCCGUUUCCCCUGCAAAUUUACCGUCAAAACACUUGGAUAAAUACUUUUCACACAAAUUAAACGCACGUGUGUUGUUCGUUGGCGUUUCGAAAAAUCUGAAAAUCACAGGAAAUCCUAAGAACAAGAAGGAUCUAUGCUAUAGGAUUUCUAGUGCAUUAACACUUGCUGAGGCAAAAAUAUUGAUUGUAAUUACUGCAACGACCGCUUUAAACUCGACGGUCACGGGAGCGGCGAUGCAACAAGGGAAAACAAGGAGAGCAGACAAUGGUAUAACGUUUGAUCAGAAGCGAGCAUGGGUAGAGGUGACACACGCUUGGAAAGGAGAGAGAAAAAAAGAGCAGAAAGAAAAAGGGAGCAUGAACGAUGCGGGAGAAGCAGACAGGCAGGAUUCACCCCAACUGGGAGCACGACGUGUUCCGCAGACUCCGCCUAUGCCUUCGUGUUCCACCGGAAACGCUCCGGGAUUGUCAGCUCGCGAUAUCCCCCUUUUCUUUCCUUCCAGACACGAUCGCGACCUCUAA